AUGGCAGCACCAAGUCUAACAACACCUAACCAACCAAAUCAUACAUUAAAUACAUCAUCACCAUCAAAUUAUGAAAUAAUAAGUUCAGAAGAUGUUUCAGACUCAGAUUAUGAAUCAGAUUCAGAUUAUGAAGAAGAUUCAGAUUCAACAAACAAUAAAUUAACAGCACAAGAACAAUGGGAUGAAAGUUUAAAACAAAUUACUUUAUUAUUUAGUCUUGUUAUAUUCCCAUUAAUUGGGAAAUUAUUAGGUAGAAGAACUUCAAAAAUUAUUUGGAGAAAAUUUGCAAAUUGGUGGUGGGUAUAA